AUGUUGGGUAUCGCAGCUUCAAUCAGAGGAGGCAUCGGCAUUGGUCGCCGACUUAAAUUCGCUAUCCGAAGGGAAUCUUUAAUUUGGUACCGUUAUCUACUAGUUCAAAAUCAAUCAGAGAGUUUUGAUUACACACCAUCUUUUGUAUCUUCUUAUUGUUUAUGGGCACAGAGAGAUGGUGGCAUUCGUAGAAAUUUUGCAAGGCAUAUGAGCACUGCAUCAUUGCAGCUGAGGACAGACAAAGAUUUUGUUAGAUUUUCUAUUACUAAGGAUGGGUCUUCAACAAAAGAGAAGAAGAGUAAGUCUAAGGUCCCCAAAUCGGUUAGAAUGUCUAAAAAGGCCAAACAGAAUGAACUCAGAUUCUAUCGCCUCAAGGCCAAAAAGAAGAUGAAUUCUCCUAAUCCCGAAGUUAGGAUUAGAUAUAAACUUGAAAAGGCAAAAAGGAAGGAAGUAUGGUUGAUUGAAAAGCUGAGGAAAUUUGAGAUCCCCAAAACCCCGGGUGAAGCAUAUGAUCCUGAGAUAUUAACGGAAGAGGAGAAGCAUUAUCUCAAGCGUACUGGUGAGAAGAAGAAGAACUAUGUUCCCAUUGGUCGACGAGGAGUUUUUGGAGGCGUUGUUCUCAAUAUGCAUCUUCACUGGAAGAAGCAUGAAACUGUCAAGGUUACUUGCAAACCUUGCAGGCCAGGCCAAAUUCAUGAAUAUGCUGAAGAGCUUGCUCGACUUAGCAAAGGUGUUGUUAUUGACAUCAAACCUGACAACACCAUUAUUUUCUACAGGGGAAAGAACUAUGUGCAGCCAAAAGUCAUGUCCCCUGCAGAUACCCUAUCUAAAGAUAAAGCCCUGGAAAAAUAUAGGUAUGAGCAGUCACUUGAGCAUACAAGCCACUUCAUUGAGAAAUUGGAGAAAGAGCUCGAAGAUUAUCAGGCGCAUGUUGUUCGUUACAAGAAAAGGAAAGAAGAUGCAGUAGACAGUACCAUUGCUGAUGGGAUGACACCUGCUGAUUAUGAGACGGAAUUUUGCUUCACAGAGCAGAUCAGACACGGUAAAGAUUUCGUUAAAUACGUAAGCAGGUGA